AUGUCGUCAUCAGGAUUGCAAAGACGUCGAGGUGCUAAUAAACAGUCAUCGUCCAAAGCAAGCACCUCCAACUCAUUUGACGAAGGCAGCAGCGAUAUAUCGCCAGCAAAUGUCGAUCACAAAAUAGGCUACGAUGACCGCGAUAUUCAAGAUCGCAGUGUCGUUAAAGCGCCAUUGUUAACGCUAAUGGAGGAGGUCCUUCUCAUGGGGUUGAAAGAUAAGGAAGGGUAUUUGUCCUUUUGGAAUGAUAACAUCUCUUAUGCCUUGAGGGGUUGUAUAUUGUUGGAGUUGGCAUUUCGCAAUAAAAUCACAUUGGUCAAUGACCCGGCAAUGGGAAGGUUUGAAUUGAGCGAUAGGCUAGUGGAAGUUAUAGACACCGAACCCACGGGUGAAGUUCUUUUAGACGAAGCUUUGAAAAUCAUGAAGAGUGACGAGUCCUACUUAUCGGUUACCAAUUGGAUCGACUUAUUAAGUGGAGAAACAUGGAAUUUGAUGAAAAUAAACUACCAAUUGAAGCAAGUGCGAGAGAGAUUAGCAAAAGGUUUGGUAGAUAAGGGCAUUUUAAGAACAGAAAGGAAAAACUUUUUCUUAUUCGAUAUGGCAACACAUCCAGUUGCAGAUAAAAUGUCUAAAGAGUAUGUCAAAAAUAGAAUUUUGGCUUUUUUGGUCCUGAGAAACAUUGACCUUGAGGCAGUUGCCAAUGAUCAGUUCCCAAAAGACACUUCAUUCAAGUAUUUAAGAACUAUAUCUUUGGUAUGUGGAUCAUAUGCCGCUAAUGUGUUGGAAAACGUGUUGAUGUCGUUGAACUAUGACAAGAGAGACCAAGCAUUUGCAAGGGCAGAUGAGCUUUUAGCCGACUAUAGCGAAUACCCCUUUAACUUGUCACAUCAAAGUCCCUUGGGAGUAGGAUUGAAUUUGGGACAGCAAGUUAGUGCCGAAAUUGAAGAAUCUUCAGCUUCCAAGUUGCAAUUAGAGUUGGUGGCAGCAGUAUUGAGUGUUUUUGCGAGAAUGGAUUCAAUUCUCUGA